UUAAUUAUAAUUAAUUAUUUAAAUUGUUUCUCAAAUCAAUUGAUUACUGUAAGUGAUCUAUUUAUUACAGAAAUAGGAUAAUUAAUUAUCAAUUGAUAUUUAUUAUUGUUAUUUAUUAUUACUAUUAUUAUCAUAUAAAUUUAUCGCAAAAUGACUAAAACAAAAAUGACUUUAGAACAAACACGUGUUCUAUUAACUGCUAAAAUUACCGCAUUGAACGAUGAAUUAACAGCAAAGACCACAGACAUUCAGACUGCUUCUUUACGUUUUCCUAAAAUCGAAAAAAUGUUCGAUCAGUACGAUGCCAGUAUCGACGAAUUAGAAGUGAACAAACCUGAGGACCCAGAAAUAGAACUCGCGGACGGAAUUCGCAAAAUUUAUUACAAUCUUGCAACUAAAAUAAAAAUUCCCAAUCAAGAUGUUCUCAAUGCCACUAUUCAAACUGCAAUUAACGCUUCGACUCUUAAUCGAACACUCGAGACUCAACGACUUACUAAGCUCCCUACCACGGAUUUACCAAAAUUCGAUGGCAAUUUUGAAAAUUGGCUUUCUUUUAAAAAUACAUUUAAGACACUGAUCGACGAACGUAAAGAUUUAGAUGAUCUUAAUAAGUUUUUAUACCUUCGCGGAUGUUUAACUGGUUCUGCUGCAAACAAGCUCGCGCUUUUGGAUGCAAGUGCAGAAAACUAUACACAGGCCAGGGACCUUUUAACAGAAACUUAUCAGAAAGAGCGCGCUUUAGUUUUUAAACAUUAUGACGCCUUUUUAAAUCUUAAUUCAAUAUCAACCCCGACUAAUGAAAAUCUCACUAAAUUCAUAGAUGAUGCUCGACAACACUUAAAUGAUUUAAAAUCAUUAAAAGCAAACCCAACUGACGCAUUUAUAGUAAGAUUAUUAGAACUUAAAUUACCAACAGAAAUUAGAGACAAAUGGGACGAAACGUACGAAGACGAUAACACUCUCCCAACGUUUGACGCAUUUAGCAAAUUUAUAAUAAAAACUGCUUUCCGACUCAGUACACGUAAACCUAAUAAACAGCGCGACUCCGAUGGCUCUUUUAAAAGACGACGUAAUGAAUAUUCGAGUAAUAAUUUCAAGAAACAAAAAACAGACUCACCAGUCCGAGCUUUAGUAACAACCACUUCUACUGCCUGUCCAUGUUGUAAACUAUCUCAUCCGCUCUAUAAAUGUUAUAAGUUUGAUGCAUUAACUAUAGGAGAACGCAUAAAAUUUGUAAAAUCUGCUAAACUUUGCAAUAAUUGUCUUCGCGAACACAAAGGAACUUGCCCUUCCAGUAGUAGAUGUCAAACCUGUAAGAAAUUCCAUCAUACCAAAUUGCACAUUCAACAAAAGACAGUUCAACAACCCUCUAAUCCGAAUACUUCAAAGAACAAUGCCGUAAAAUCCGAGUCACCUAUUACUGUUACGACUGAUAAGGGAUCUACAUCUUGACUAGUAGUACACAACUAUACGACAAUUCUCAGAACACCGCGUUUCCAAUUGAUGAUGAGCGCACUCAUCCAGUUGCGUGAUUCAACGGGUGGAUUCAUACAAGCUCGCGCUUUACUUGACACCUGUGCAACAGCUAAUUUCAUUACUGAAAAUUUGUCUAGCAAAUUAAAAUUGCCAAUGCAAAACUGUUCUAUUCCGAUCGGGGCUGUUAAUGGAAUGCAAACCUUUUCAAAACAUGUCGUUCAAAUAAGUUGUAAAUCUUUAAAUAAUAAAUUUCAAAGAUCAUUAUCAUUUUUAACUGUUAACGAAAUUGCAGAGCUGAGUCCAAAUGAAAUCUUUCCACGUAAUAAAAUAGACAUACCUAAAAAGAUAAUACUUGCUGAUCCGGAAUUUCAUAUACCAAGACCCGUAGAUGUCCUUAUCGGUUCAGGUACCACACUUUCUCUUCUAUCUGUCGGACAGAUUAACUGCUCACAAAAUGAUUGUGAUUUAAUAUUACAAAAACGCAACUAGGAUGGGUUGUAGCGGGAGGAGUCAUUGACGACAAAAAUAUACUUUCUGUAACUUGUCAACUAACUGAUCUGUCGAGUCAAUUAACAAAAUUCUGGACUAUUGAAGACAUAAGUUCUAGUGAUUCUCGAUCUAUUGAGGAUUCUACAUGUGAGACUUAUUAUCAAAACACUACUAUUCGCGAUACAGACGGUCGAUAUAUAGUAAAACUACCCUUUCGCGCAGACGAUGUCGAGUUCGGGAAUUCCAAACAAAAGGCUCUAAAUAGAUUUCUGUCUUUACAGAAGAGAUUAAAUUCAGACUCAUCAUUAAAAUCCGAAUACAAUAAAGUCAUGAAUGAAUACAUCAAUCUUGGCCACAUGGUACACGUACCGGAUGAUAGUGGACCAGGGUAUUACAUGCCCCAUCAUCCGAUAAUAAAAACAUCCAGCACUACCACUAAGAUAAUAGACUAAGCUCAUGGCAAUUCACUGUCAAGGCGCGACAAGAUUUCUGGAAACGCUGGUAUUUGGAAUACCUUCAUGAGUUGCAGACCAGGCAAAAAUGGGACUCCAAUCGAGGGGAUAUUAAGGUCAAUCAAAUUGUCUUACUGAUGGACAAAAACCAACCCUGUAUGCGGUGGCAGCUGGGAGUAGUGAUCGAGACUCAUCCAGGAGAGGAUAACAUAACACGAGUGGCUUCAAUUCGAACAGCUCAAGGCAUAUAUAAACGGAAUAUUACUCUGUUAUGUCCAUUACCAAUCAAUUCUUAAAAUCUGUAAAUUCAAAAUAUUGUAAUCAAGUAAUAUCACUGAUUGUAAACACUAUUCAUAAUAUCUUGCUCAACCUUCGCAACGGGGGGAGUAUGUUUAACCGCUAG